AAACAGUUUAAAAUCGUCGACCCUGACUUGUUUGUUAUUCACCUUCGUUGAAAUUUAUCGUCAAAUUUUGUUAAAUAGAUUCUAACAUUUUUGCAAAAUGGAUCCGUAUUUGAAAUCACUGAUACUCGAAAAUCCCGUAUUUCGCAGUUACUUAUUUUACUCUUCUAUUCUGGCUUUAAAAAUGAUGCUGAUGACGCUUUUAACAAUUAGGCAAAGACUCUUAAAUAAUGCUUUGGUUUCGGAAGAAGAUGCUGUGUUUUUGGGAGGCACUGUUUGUUGGACUAAUGCAAAAGUCGAACGAGUUCGAAGGGGGCAUAGAAAUGAUAUGGAAAGUAUUUAUUUGUUUUUAUUGGUCGCUUUUGCGUACAUUUGGACUGAUCCAGAGCCGGAAUGGGCUGAUUCUCUUUUUUUAACUUUUACAAUAGUUAGGAUUUUGCACACUGUUGUUUAUACUGUGAUAGUUGUGCCACAACCGGCGCGGGGAUUGGCGUGGUUAGUGGGUUAUCUUAUCACAGGAUAUAUGGCGAUUAAAAUAUACAUCGCCUUUAACCCCAAAAUUGUGCCACCCGGGUGCCGUGGACCCCUUAAAAAAUCAUUUCAAUUUUUAAUUUUGAAAAAAAUGGCCCAAGUUACCGAUUUCCAAUCACUUCUCGAAUCCCCUGCGUUUCGAGCUUAUUUAUUUUAUUCGGCUAUUUUGGUGGUUAAAAUGAUGAUUAUGUCCCCAAUGACCGGCAUGAUGAGAUUCAGAUAUAAGGCCUUUGCUAACCCUGAAGACGGCGCCAGCCUCAAAGUCAAGCCCCGCACGGACGAUAAUGUCGAGAGAGUCAGAAGGGCACAUUUAAAUGAUUUGGAAAACAUCAGUUUAUUUUUCGUUAUCGGUUUUAUUUAUGUUUUGACAAAUCCAGCAGUGGCAUGGGCAACUCUUCUUUUCCGGGUCUACACCGCUGCUAGAUUUAUGCACACCUUGGUUUAUGCAAUUUUUGUUGUGCCACAACCGGCGAGAGCCCUCGCUUGGGUCACUGGGUUUAUUAUUACGGGAUACAUGGCUCUGACAUCAAUAGUACAUUUCAUGUAAACAUAAGAUUAACAUCGAGCACCUACUUGUUGUAUUUACAAAUUUAAAUAAAGUUUUUUGAACCCAAAA